AAACAUUUGAAAUAGAUCACUUAAUUUUAUUCUUGUCUUGUUGAACAGAUCCUUUCAACGCUCUUCCAGUGGUCCGUCCCAUUUGCCAGUUCAGCUCCGACAUUGAACUUCCGGUUAUCUUUCACUUGGAUGAAAUCGGCUUCGUCAUGGCAGUCAACCCGACCAAUAUACCAAAUAACAUAACGGCAGAGACCAAUGCAGCUUCUACUGAUGAGAGACGUUCGUUGGUGAACCGUCAGCUACCAUCUAUGGUGCUGUCGGAUGGGGCAGAGAGCUCGAUGACGGGACCGCCAUUACCCUUUCCACACUACUUGAAUAGCGAAGGGAAGGCGAGAUAUCGCUUCACAGUGGAGGGAAGUGCUGUGAUCACUGGCGGCACUGGUACGCUCGCCCUGAACUGUGCCCGUGCUCUCCUUGAACACGGCUGUUCUGGACUCGCUCUCCUAGACCGCCAGCCUCCAUCCGACCCUACAAUCCGAGCCGCGCUCUCCUCCCUUACUACAGACUUCCCUUCCUCCACAGUCCUGGUCCUCCAAGCCGACGUCACCGACGAAGCGAGCGUCCGCCGAGCCCUGGAAGAAGCAAAAGCGUCGCUGGAUGAUAUCACCAUCUGCUGCUGCUUUGCCGGGGUGGUGGACUGCCAACAUGCAGUGGACCUGGACGUCGACCGAUGGCGGCAGACCAUCGACGUGAAUCUGACCGGAUCGUACGUCACGGCACGGGCAGUCGCGCGGGAGAUGAUGGCGGCGCAGACGGGUGGGUCGAUUGUGUUCAUUGCGUCGAUUUCAGGGCAUAUCGUCAACUUUCCGCAGCCGCAGGCGAGCUAUAAUGUCUCGAAGGCGGGAGUGCUCCACUUGACCAAGUGUCUUGCAGCGGAGUGGGCGAGGUACGGUAUCCGAGUGAACUCAAUUUCGCCAGGGUAUAUGGAUACGAUCUUGAAUGAAGGCCCGGGACUUGCGGCGGCGAGGGAGCAGUGGAAUGCUAGGAAUCCGAUGGGAAGGAUGGGGACGCCGGAAGAGUUGGCGGGGCCAUUGAUUAUGCUCUGCUCUUAUGCAGGAUCGUUCAUCAAUGGCGCAGACAUUGUUGUCGAUGGCGGAGCUUGCGUCUUCUGAGGAUUGAAAAGCUAUCCACGCUCUGAAAUACUGACAAUAGAGGUAUGAAACGGAACGCUUGGGGAGGGGUUAGUGGAUCCG